UCCCAUUUCCGGACCCUUCAAGUUGCGUGUUUGUUUGCGCAUUUACUGAUUUCUCAGGUGUUCGUCUCUUUCAUUCACUUUCAGGGCACCGAGUCAAGAUGUUCGUCUUUGCAUUGCUUUCACCACCACCUGGACUUUGCUCGCCUCUUUCUCACCCUGUUAUUCCUGUAUGGCGUUUGGCCGUAUAGGUUUUUCAAAAACCUCGGAAUAAAGGGACCCAGGCUUCUGCCUUUUAUUGGAACAAUAAACCCCGGAAAGGGAUUUUUUGCUUAUGACCGGGAAUGCCAUGCCAAGUACGGAGACGUCUGGAGGGCGUUUGAGCCACGAACACCAGCUCUAAUGGUGACAGACCCUGAGAUCAUCAAAGCUGUGAUGGUAAAGGAGUGCUACUCUGCAUUUACCAAUCGCAGGGAAAACAUAGGUCCUGGAAACAUGGAAGAUGCCAUCACAGUGGUUAAAGAUGAAAGGUGGAAAAGAAUUCGCAGCACUUUAUCACCGUGCUUCACCAGUGGAAGAAUGAAAAAGGUUCUUCCACUCAUUGCUCGCUAUGCAGACAGACUGGCUGAAAAACUUGGACAAACAAAUUUGGAUGAACCCAUCGACAUUAAACAAUUCAUGGGGCCUUUCAGUUUGGAUGUUGCGACCAGUUCAUCUUUCGGUGUUGAUGCAGACUCCAUAAACCAUCCUGAUGACCCACUUAUUAUUCAUCUCAAGAAGAUUCUUAACUUCAAACUUUUGCCUUUAUUAGUAUUAUUGAUUUUUCCCUUUGGGGCCCGUCUGCUGAAGCUCUUUGGUUAUGAGUUCAUGUCCAAAGACAGUGUGGAUUUUUUCUACAAGAUCAUCAAGAAAUUUAAAGACCAACAUCAGGAAGAUGCAGAUGUUCGAGCCGACUUUCUGCAGGUGAUGAUUGAGAGCGAGAUCCCAGAAUCAGACAUAAAAAGUGAACAUGAUCAGCCAAGUAAAGGUUUGACUGAACACGAACUGCUUACCCAGGCUUUCAUGUUCAUCUUUGCUGGCUAUGAGACCACCAGUGCCACUCUCACUUACCUCUUUUACAACCUGGCCACAAACCCUGAUGCGUUGCAGAAGUUGCAUGAAGAAAUCGAUGCCAACCUACCGAGAGAUGCUCCCAUUUCCUAUGAGAAACUAGUCGGGCUAGAUUACCUGGAACAGAUUUUGUGUGAGUCACAGCGUGUGUUGCCAACUGCCCCUCGGCUUGAGAGAAUGUGCAAAAAAACUAUCCAGGUCAACAACGUCACCAUCCCCGAAGGAACCCUGGUUACGAUUCCUGUGCACGUUUUACACAAGGACCCGCGUUUUUGGAGCUCACCCGACCUUUUCAGACCAGAGAGGUUCAGUAAAAACAGCGGGGAGGAGGUGAACCCGUACGUGUACAUGCCGUUUGGGACGGGUCCUCGUAACUGUGUCGGAAUGCGCUACGCUAUCCUCGUCCUGAAGAUGGUCGUUCUCCGUCUCCUGCAGAGUUACACCGUGGAAACAUGCAAAGACACCAUGAUUCCCUUGGAGGUAAACUGGAUGAAUCAGCCAACAAAGCCAAUAAAACUCAAGUUUGUUCCCAGACAACAGUAAUCCAAGAGGAAACAAAUAUUUGUGUGAGAACAUUUUCUCUUCUAGUAUUGCAUAUAUAGGGCUUACACAGGGUCAAGUAUAGGUCUUGAGGUCACCGUAGGGAUAGUGUUAGAGGAAAUGACUUCUGCUUUACUAAUGACCAGUUGGCCAACUACCUUAUACUGUAGAUGCAUUGAGUACGACCAUUUAGAGACAUAGAGCAGCUGUGUCACUGUUUAGAGAAGAACCAGAGAGGACAGCUCCUUCUAGUCAAGACUAUUGAUAAAUCCUCGAAUCUCCUUGGCCAAGCGUCAAUAAACCUUUCAGCAUAAGACACCUUGGACUCCUGCGCACCUUCUCUCCACCGACUGAACCCACCAGUUUGUGUGGCAACUGAUAACAUUUAACAUUUGUACUCCAAGCAUUUAUACCACUGAAUUUCAUAUGCUAAGCACUUAACUAACCAUGCCUUGAACCGAUUAAUUUUCUUGUAGUGUCGAUAGAUCAAGUGUUUCUGUAAAUUGUCAUGAAUUUGUAAUAUACUAUAUCUUGAUAUUUGCAAAAAAACAACAUAUUUUUUUAAUCUUUUAUGCCACAGCACAUGAAUUAACAUGAUAAGUCUUAAUGACUCGCCUCAAGUGCCUCUUGCUAAAACAAACAUGUAUACAUGCUGGAUUUGUGACUGCAGAAAGGGAACGAUGACUGUAGGAUCUUUUUGUCAUGGGUAGAUGAGAGAACAUACAAUAAAAUUAUUCAUGUACCGAUA